UACAGGCGGCCCAAAAUGUUCCUCGUCCUGGUCGUGGGGGUCUACGCGGCCGCGGGGGGGCUUUUCUCCCCGGUGAGCAGCUGCCCGUCCCAGUGCAGCUGUUUCUACCACAACCUGAGUGACGGCUCCAAGGCCAGGAGCGUGAUUUGCAACGAUCCCGAGAUCUCGCUUGUGCCCGUCGGCUUCCCGGCGGACACGUCCAAGCUCCGCAUCGAGAAGACGGCCAUCCGGCGGAUACCGAGCGAAGCCUUCAGCUCCCUCUCGGGUCUGGAGUUCCUGUGGAUGUCCUUCAACGCGCUGUCGGCGCUGACCACCGACAGCUUCCGCGGACUCCUCAGCCUGGAGGAGCUGCGCCUGGACGGCAACGCGCUGGCCGCCUUCCCCUGGGAGUCCCUCGCGGACAUGCCCAGUCUGAGACUGCUGGACUUGCACAACAACCAGCUCACCUCGCUUCCCGCCGAGGCCACCGCGCACAUCAGGAACCUCACCUACCUGGACUUGUCCAGCAACAGUUUGCUAACGCUGCCCGUCGCCGUGCUGGCCAACUGGCUGGCGGCCAAACCCGCCCAAGGACCGGAGAGCUCCAAAAUGAUCCUGGGUCUCCACGACAACCCGUGGGCGUGCGACUGCCGCCUGUACGACUUGGUCCAGUUCCAGAAGUCCCCCACUCUGGCCGUGGCGUUCAUCGACACCAGGCUGCGCUGCUCGGCCCCCGAGAGCGUGUCGGGCGUCCUGUUCAGCGACGCCGAGCUGCGGCGCUGCCAGCCGCCGCAAAUCCACACGGCGGUGGCGCGGGUCCGCAGCGCGGUCGGCAACAACGUGCUGCUCCGCUGCGGGACCAUCGGGGUGCCCAUCCCUGACCUGACGUGGAGGAGGGCGGACAAGCGAGCCCUCAACGGAACGGUCCAGCAGGAAACGUCCAAAGAUGGAAUCACCUGGUCCAUCCUGAGUGUCCCGGCCGUGUCUUACCGCGACUCAGGGAAGUACGUGUGCAAGGCGACAAACUACGCCGGGAACGCCGAAGCUGUCAUUUCCUUAGUGGUGUCUAAUUCUCCAAAAGUGGAAGGCAAUCAAACCAGCAACGAGAAGAAGGCCAAAGUCAAAAAGUCCAACCCGGUGGGAAAAGCAGCCUACCAGGAGAAACUGGUGGCCCGAUAUGUGGCGGCAACCUCCACGCCUACAUCCCCGCCGCCAGCCCUGGAUCCCGGCCUCGCGCCUGAAGUUCCUGGGCCCGGUUUGGACAGUUCCGGUCCUUCUCCCGACCCGGCCGCGUCGUCCAAUGCGGACGCACUGCUGGAUCUGGAGAAGACUAACCUCAGCAACCUGGCGGCAAACGCCUCGUCCCUCCAGCAGGACCCGGAGCAGGUGGUCCGCUCAGUGAAGGUGGUGGGGGACACGGACAAUACGAUCUCCCUCAACUGGCGAGCUCCGAAGGCCAAGAACACGACCGCCUUCAGUGUGCUGUAUGCCGUGUUCGGAGAGAGGGACAUGAGGAAGAUCAACGUGGGGGCGGGCCAGAACAGGGUGACCAUCGAAGGCCUGGUCCCCAGGACCAAGUACAUCGCCUGCGUAUGCGUGAGGGGGCUGAUCCCCAAGAAGGAACAGUGCGUCAUCUUCUCCACAGACGAGGCGGCCAGCGCCACGGGCACCCAGAAGCUGAUCAACGUGAUCGUGAUCACAGUGGCUUGCAUCAUCGCCGUCCCCCUCACAGUCAUCGUGUGCUGUGGCGCCUUGAAGAGGCGGAUCCAGAAGUACUGGGGGAAAAAAUCCAAGGACAUCCAAGAUUCCUAUGUGACCUUUGAGACCUUGUCACCCGGGACCAAAGCCAAAGGGCUGGAGGGGGAAUACUUGAACAGACUCAACCCGGAAGAGUCCAACAGGCUGCUGUCCGCCCGCUCCAGCCUGGACUCCGAGGCCACGGCUAAGAUUGAAGGACAGCCCAACGAGUACUUCUGCUGA